AUGACGACAUUGCCUCAUUGGCACACGCCGCACAAACAAGGCGUACUCAACGGUAUACUUUGGCGUCGAACGCUUCCUCCUGACAAGGCCGCCUUUUGUGGCACGCGCGGUGGUGUUGAUGCGGGGCACGGGCGUGCCGUAGAGGGUACUGUCGACCGGCGCGCGUGCGCUGGUGGCGAAUCCACAGCCGAGCGGGCUGACCUCGCGAGACGCCAAGCACGCUCUGCAAACCUUCAAAGAAGAUUUCAGUGGUCGGCCACGGGCGAGUUUGCGAACGUGGUGCCGCAGCCAGCGCUGGUAUGGGGCGCAGCGGGCAUCAUUCCGAACAUCAGCACGGCGGCGUCGCCCGUCUACCUGAUCCGGCAGGCCAAUAUGGUCGCUCAAGAUGCGUGCCGCAUGCGGGCCGUCGCUGCUGCUGACGCCGCAGCUGGGGCUGAUUACUCAGUGGGCUACGUACGUGGCGGUCUGAUUUGUCAACCUCCGCGCGACCCACCGCGGUUGGGCGCCGGCGUGGUACACCUUUACCGCUUCUGGUUGACGGCGUUUGUGGGGAUAUCGAUUAUCGCGACGCUGGCAGGGACGCGGUACUACGACACGGACUCGUCACGCACGAGCCAGCACGGUGCGAGGUGGCAGCUGACGCGUCAGGUGGAGGCAGACGCCAAGCCAAAGAUUCGGCUGCAGCACCGCAGAGUGCAAGGCAAAAAGGGCGGCGGCUACCUCGAGGUCGGUAGGAUCAACAGCGACGUCGAGAGCGAGUCGCUGGGCGACGACGGCUGCAGCUACGUCCGCGUGCGCAGUCUCAAGCGCGAGGAGGGCAGAUAAGAGCGCGAGCGCACAAAGGCAAAACAGUAGGCGCAAAAGAAAAGUCAGCAGAACGACCAAAGGCAGCUAUACAUAACCAGCGGAUGCGAGCGUGGGAGCCGCCCUGACGAAGAGGCCCUAUCAUAGCCUGAACAGAAACCAUUGUAUCAUCAGUGCACAAAUGACGCAAUUUCU